CAAACAGUUACAGACUGCUGCGGAUGAUACGAUGAACUGAAAGAUGGGGAAAUCAUUUAGCGUUAGGUGAAAAAAAAAAUGCAAUGGGAGACUUGAUGGUGUCUUUCUUUAAAAAUCAGGUUUGAAGGUCAAUAUUAGGCAUCGGAAGUCUUCUUUUUCCUUGCUGCCAGCUUCGUGAAGUGCUUAGGUUUUGUAUCUGGACCACAAAGCAGAGAAGAUGAGUAAGUGUAAGAAUGAUCUGAGUGAGAAAGAGAAAGAGCGGCUUCUGAUCCGCAGGGCCAGUGGAGCCAAAGCCUCUCAGCUGGCUCAUAUGGAGAAGAUGCUGCAAGAAACCAAAGGCCUGCUGGAAAAGAAGACGGAGACAGAAGCGGAGACGGAAAGUCAAAGCUGUGGGGACACUAUGGUGUCAGAUCUAGAGCAGAAGGUCCAGCGCAGCAAGCGAGACCGUCGUAACUCUCUGCACCGCACACAGCUGCUGGAGAGUCAGAUGAAGACGGUGCGCGGGGAGCUGGUAGGGACGCUCGACCACCUGCAGGAGCUGCGCAACAUCCUGAGGCGCUCACAGCAGAGAUCAGAGGAGCGCGAGGCCGCCAUGCAGAGACUGGCAGCGGGUCUGAGGUGAGACUCCACCAGCUUUCCUUCACCACAUCCAGUCCUCUCAUCGGAUGAAGACUUUACUAUAUGCUGUUCAUCUCACAUAUCUGCUUGACCGCACAUCUAAUGACUCUGGCCCACACAUUCCACAAGCUGUCGUAAAGCAAUGAACCAAUUAUCUCUUCUUUAAACAUGCCACAGUUACUCAAACAGAUGGCAUGAUCGGAUUACUCUACAAAGAUCCAUUUUGGUGUUCUGAUGUUACUGUUGGCCUAUGCUAGCAUUCUAUUUUUAUGUUCUGUUGUCACCAAAAUGCCGCCUUUAAACCUUAAUUUACAGUUUAAGUAUAUAGGCAUCUACUGAAUGCCCUGUUAACUUGUGAAAUAAAUUUAACAGCCUGUCAUAUUUGACAUUUUAUUGUGCUAAUUUAUGUUUGAUUGCUUAAGGCAAGUUGUUGUUUUUUUUUUGUUAGACUGUGUACAAAUAGUUUUAUAAGUUGUAUCUACAUGCUAAGUGGGAACUGAGUCCAGUAUUUCUUAAUAUAGAUGUUUUAGUCAGCCAUAUUCAUAGUUCCAGUUGUGUUGUUUUCUCCUGUGACUUUUUGAACUAUCACAUGUAGUUUCAUUGUGAAUAUUAAUUAGCACUUCAGUAAUGUAUUUGAACUUUACAGGUUGUGUGUGUCAUACUGUGUAUAAAUUUCUUCAUUAAAAUAUUGAUAUGUCUUUCAGGUUAUAGACUUUAUGAAAAGAAAACAUCAAUCUUAUCCAUUUCAGUUGUGGAUUUCCUUCCCAUAUCUCAAAGCUCACUUUUUCAUGAUGCUUUCAGGAGCUCUUGCAUAGGAUCUAAAUCUACUAUUCAGAUCCUCUGCUUUGUCUGAAAGUUCUUUCAUACUUUGCGUCCUCAUUCAACCCUUUAAUAGCAGUGACCUUACUUCACCUUGAGAUGAAAGACAGCGCUUGUAACUGAAAACUGUUGUUUUGGAUGAUACAUCCACACCAGUAGGUGUCAGUAUACAUUAAAGUAGAGUGCAGUAUCUGUCAGGUUUUGUUGCUUUCAUGAAUUGGAGUCAAAAAACAAAACACUUUUCAGGUCCAAGCCUCUACUUGUUUGAACUGAGAUGUUUAUAGCAAUGUUUAGUCAUGUCACACAUUAAAGCAUUUGUUUUUUAUCAGAACUACAUUCUGCACCUAAGACACUAAUAUUUUAACAAUUGGUAAUAAAUUAAUACAUGGAUAUUCACUGUCAGUGUUUUAGAUAUUUAAGGAACCAAAUGGAGGAACCAAGGCGACCUUUAUUACAUUAACAAAGGCAACUCAAACAACCCCAUGGAGGGAAAAACAAAUACUUCACCAAACUAGAAAGCUAGCCUUAAAUAUAUGAAAUAAGCUAGCAGGUAAAUAUAUGAGUGAUACAGCAAAGGGUCUGAAUGUGUAGGACCAUGUGAUGUUUCUGUUUUUCUUUUUUAAUAAAUCUGCAGAAAUGUCAACAA